UGGAAGGAAGAGCUGGAGUGACGCCGAAGAAAUCAAUCGACCUAUAAUUUAUUCUUGUGUAGAAAGCAUUUGCACGAACGAAACGAUCUCUCUCUCUCAGUCGUCAGUGAAAGCAAUUGGAUUUCGAUUCGGUUUAUUGGAAGACCCUAAUUCUCCGAUGUCGAUCACCGAGUACAAUGGGAGUGCACUGGUCGCAAUGGUGGGGAAGAACUGCUUCGCCAUCGCCAGCGAUCGCCGCCUCGGUGUUCAGCUCCAGACCGUCGCCACCGACUUCAAGAGGAUUAGCCAAGUCCACGAUAGGCUCUUCAUCGGCCUCUCCGGCCUUGCCACCGACGCUCAGACUCUGUAUCAGAGGCUCAUGUUUCGGCACAAGCUGUACCAGCUUCGGGAAGAGAGGGAUAUGAAGCCGGAGACUUUUGCCAGCCUUGUUUCCGCUAUUCUGUAUGAGAAAAGGUUUGGUCCCUACUUCACUCAGCCUGUAAUUGCUGGGUUAAGUGAUGAAGACAGACCAUUCAUAUGCACUAUGGAUUCAAUUGGAGCCAAGGAACUGGCUAAAGACUUCGUUGUUGCUGGUACUGCAUCGGAGUCCCUUUAUGGUGCUUGUGAGGCAAUGUUCAAGCCUGAUAUGGAACCAGAGGAAUUGUUUGAGACUGUCUCUCAAGCAUUACUUUCAUCAGUAGAUCGAGACUGUCUGAGUGGUUGGGGAGGCCACGUCUUUGUCGUAACACCAACUGAAGUGCAGGAGAAGAUCUUGAAGGGAAGAAUGGACUGACAUUGCAGCAUGCCUUUUUGUGAGCCUAUGUUUCGUUCAGGCUGCAUCUUUUCCUUGGGUGUUUAUGUAGCUUUGACGUGAAUUAGCAGACAUAAGCUUUCUUGGCGAUCAUAGGCCCCUUGUUAUGUUUAGAUUUAAUGUAAUUUGACGAUUAUAUACAGUGGGAUCAUUUGAUUUAAAUUAGGUCACUUUGAGAAAAUGUUGGGAAUUCAAAUAUGCUUUUAAGGUAAUCAGUUGGUAUGCUCA